AGGAAGCGGGCUCUGGUCACAUGACCGGAGCGUUUGUCAACACUGCGGGGCGGUUUCCGUGCAUAGCGACGCAUUUAUUUGACCGCUGACGGUCAAAAUAGAUGAUUUUAUAUGACCGUCGUAUGAACGCUGGUCACUGGUGGCUGAAAUGGGAGCGGACCCGCCCCUGUCGGGGGUGAAUGUGGUGCUCGUUAUGGCCUACGGCAGUCUGGUUUUUGUAUUGCUGUUCAUAUUUGUGAAGAGGCAGAUCAUGCGCUUUGCCAUGAAAUCCCGCCGAGGACCCCACGUCCCACUGGGUCAUAAUGCUCCGAAGGGUCUUAGAGAGAAGAUUGAUUCUCAUCUGUCUAAAGUGAACGACAUCCGUUACGAGCCACGGCUGCUCUCAGAGGACGACGACAGGCUGAGGCAUCGUGGCCAGAAUGGCUGUUAUAACUACCUGUUCAGAAUGCAAGCUCUGGAUGCUAUUAGAGACACUGACAUCUCAGCUCACGAUCUGGGCUGCACUGGCAGUGCUCUGACCGGCCGCCACUACAGGAAAUGGCUACUGGGCCUGCGGAACUCGCACUCGCUGUUCAAGAGCAGCCACAGCAGCCUCGUCGAUCGCCUCCUGGAGGGCUACGACAACGUUCGCCACGGGACUGGGGUUUUUGGGGAAGCUGAAUUUCUUAAAUACAAAGAAGACCUGACUGAGCUGGCUGCUCUUAUAAAGGUCCACUCCAGCUCCACCAGCCUGAACCAGCAGCACCAGUCAGCAGCUAAAGAUCUGACCAGCUCCCCCGGGCCGUCGUCAGCCUCCACCAUCCAGGUCACGUACCUGCCCUCUUCUGGCCAGCGCAGCAAGAGGCCCAAGCACUUCCUGGAGCUCAAAAACUUCAAGGACAACUACAACACCCUGGAGAGCACCCUGUAGAAGUCACCCUGUAGAAACAGUGGAGCCAAACAUGAACACAAAGACUGAAAAAGGACAAAGGUUUCAGGGAGAAACGGCUUGAGGGGACCGUCCAUUUGCCGCAGUGUGAAACGGCAGUGAGUGGUAUGAUGUAGAGCGAGAACCGUCUUGAGACUGCUGAAGCCUCACUGCUCGUUACAGUGUCGACUGCCUGGACUGUUCCAAAGCAUCUAUAAAUGACUAUAAAGCUUCAGAAUGGGAUGAGAGAAGAACAAUGAGCAUCUAAAAGCUCUGCUUUGGGAGACAAUAUAAAAGUGAGCCUGUUUUCUAGUGUUAAUGUGCUACUUAAAAUGCUGUUUAUCUGUCAGUGUUGCAUAUUUGGGAAAAGUCACUGCCAACAAGCUCAGCAUCCCUCCAUCAGUGUCGUCUGGGAGAAGAUGUAAAAAGACUGUAAGACUUGUCCAAGAGGUAGAACUGUGAAAUAUAACACACAGUAAAUGACUGGAAGCAUCGAAAUACAAGAAAAAGAAAAAAACUGAGACCAUAAUAGUUUUAAUGCUUAGUAACUUUCCUCAAAGUGAGAGUUCCAGUGCCCCCUACUGGAUGACUGUACAUAAUGUGAGAUCUUUUAAGCUCACUUUUAGUUAUGAUGUGUGCGUGUUGGGAGAGUAUGAUGGGUUUAGUGAUGGUUUUGUAGCUGAGAUGGCACUACUGUUUUUUUUGGGCUGUGCAUAUGUGACUGACCAUUAUAAAUCUCUUCAACCCCCGAGAACCUU